UAUAUAGAAUUUAAACUAUAAAAAGUGCAUCAUCAACCAUUGAAGAGAACAGACAACAACAGCAACAACAACAAUAACAACAACUAGGAGAAGAAUGAAGAGUAUGAGGGGACAAGUAGUUCUGAAUAUUGGAGCAGAGAAAGCAUGGGAGAUAUACAGGAACAAUGAAAUAAUAGGUAAGAUAAAUCCAAGUAUGCUUGCUAGAGCUGAGUAUCUUCAAGGUGAUGGUAGUCCUGGGAGCUUGAGGUUAUUCACAUUGGGACCUGCUGUUCGGGGUUACGUGAAGGAAUCCAUUGAGGAGAUAGAGGAGGUAGAAUGGGGCAAGUCAGUGACCUACAAGGUGGUUGCCGGGGAGCUGAGGGACAUGUAUGAUCCCUAUCGUGUCACCUUCACCUUCAUCCCCAUGAACGGAGUAGAGAACAACCAGUGCAUCGCCGAAUGGAAAGCUGAUUUCCAAACAAAAUCUCCGGCUAUACCAAUGCCGAAUAAAGCUAGGGAAUUUGCCCUAGGGUUCCUCAAGUCCUUUGAUAAGUUUCAGCUCUGUAACUAAAUCAACAUUCAUAUAUCCCCCUCUCUAUAAGCUAGUAUUAUUAUAUAUAUAGUAGCAAGACUAGCAACUGCAUGUGUAAAUAGUUAUGGAUGUUAAUUAUAAUAAAGCUUUUUUAUAAUUAGAA